GAACGUCUCUUUUUAGUGGAGAAGGCCCAUUGAUUAUUCGCUUACUUGUUGUGUCGAUAACAAGGCGUGUUCUGGACAUCCCAGCAAUUAUGGUACUGCGGUAGCCCGAGAAGCUGCUCUCAGUCUCGGAACACCUCUCGAAGCAGCCGAGCUGUGCACUCGCAGCUCGCUUCAACACCGAAGCGCAGAUAAUGUGGCCCUUUGGCAGAGACCUCGAUCGCUUUUUCAAGCCUGCGGGCCCCACAUCCGCACGAGGCGUGCGGUCGUGCUAUAAAUUCAGCCUAGCUAUAGGUUAUUCCAUCAAGAUCAUAGGGCAUACCUCUCGCAACGGUUUCGCGAUGCACUCCAACAUUCUAUCCCUUAUUUGCAUUUUAUACGUACUUCUUAUUUCGUGUGCCGCCCGCGUUGUUGUUAGAGACGCAGUUCCCACCACCGGUACCGAUACCCCAGCAAUCAUCUACGACAAAGUAAUUCCAAGUAAAGUCCGCGCUCUUGGUCGAAAUGCGGCGGAAUCUCAAAUCACGCCACUCGUUGGCGCUCUUUGGCAAACUGGCAUCCAUCAGAUAGUAUCGCCCAGCCGAGGUAAACAAGAUCGCUCGACUUGGCCUCAAGCUUCCAUUUGUGCUAACUGCAGCAGCCAACAACAGGGCAAACGAACCUGACGCGACGCCAUUUGCUGGAGCUUUUUGGCAAAUGAUCGUGCACGAGGAAAUAACUUCAAAGCGAUCCGCUGUUCAACACGCUGAGGGACCUGUAUAUACGCACGUCCC